AGAAACCUUUUACUUGCUCUGUUUGUAAGAAGAGUUUCUACACAAAGCUACACGUGACCACACACAUGAGAAAACACACUGGAGAGAAACCUUUUACUUGCUCUGUUUGUAAUAAGAGUUUCCCCACAAAGCCACACAUGACCACACACAUGAGAACACACACUGGAGAGAAACCUUUUACUUGCUCUGUUUGUAAGAAGAGUUUCUCCACAAAACAAUGCAUGACCAGACACAUGAGAACACACACUGGAGAGAAACCUUUUACUUGCUCUGUUUGUAAGAAGAGUUUCUCCAGUAUGCACAACAUGCCCACACACAUGAGAACACACACUGGAGAGAAACCUUUUGCUUGCUCAGCUUGUGCUAAAAGAUUCUAUGCUAAGAAUGACAUGAUAUUACACAUGAGAACACAUACUGGAGAGAAACCUUUUACUUGCUCUGUUUGUAAGAAGAGAUUCUCCAUGAAGCGUAGCAUGACCACACACAUGAGAACACACACAGGUGAGAAACCUUUUGCUUGUUCAGCUUGUGCUAAAUGAUUCAACACUAAGAGGAAACUUAUAUUACACAUGAGGACACACACUGGAGAGAAACCUUUUACUUGCUCAGCUUGUGCUAAAUGAUUCAACGCUAAGAGGAAACUUAUAUUACACAUGAGGACACACACUGGAGAGAAACCUUUUGCUUGCUCUGUUUGUAAGAAGAGUUUCUCCAUAAAGCUUAACAUGACCAGACACAUGAGGACACACACUGGAGAGAAACCUUUUACUUGCCCUGUUUGUAAGAAGAGUUUCUCCAGAAAUCUUGAAAUGACCACACACAUGAUAUAACACACUAGAGAGAAACCCUUUACUUCCUCUGUUUGUAAGAAGAGUUUCUCCAUAAAGAGUAACAUGACCAGACACAUGAGGACACAUACUGGAGAGAAACCUUUUACUUGCUCUGUUUGUAAGAAGAGUUUCUCCAGUAAGCAUAACUUGCCCACACACAUGAGAACACACACUGGAGAGAAACUUUUUGCUUGCUCAGCUUGUGCUAAAAGAUUCAACACUCAGUAUGACUUGAUAUCACACAUGAGAACACACACUGGAGAGAAACCGUUUAUUUGCACUGUGUGUGAUAAAAUAUUCAGGUUUAGGCAGUAGGUCAGUAAACAUAAGUGUGUAACAGUCAUGGAAGCUGCAGGGAAUUAAAAACAGUUAAAGGCCUACUGAAAGCCACUACUACCGACCACGCAGUCUGAUAGUUUAUAUAUCAAUGAUGAAAUCUCAACAUUGCAACACAUGCCAAUACGGCCGGGUUAACUUAUAAAGUGCAAUUU